AUGACCUCACGCCACGCUCCUAAGCAGAGUCCCAUCGAUCGGCGCAAGGGCGAGAGCGCCCUCAGCGAUUUCGCCGACUACGUGCAGAAGCAGCAAGCCCUGCGCCGCCCGCCAGGCCAGAAACCCGCCGACCUCGAAGAGCAUGACGAGCUCAGCAUCCUCGACGAGCUCGGCCUCUCCGACGACACGACACCGUCCCUACCGCUGAAAACGCUGCUGCUCCACCCCGCAGAGGACAAUGUCGACAAACUCGCUGAGUACAUUGAGGGGCGCCUGGCGGAAGGCCAUGGCGAAGCGCUUUUCGACCUGGGCCUCGAGGACAGUGGCGAUUCGAUGGCCUUCUCAAUAUCUGACUGGGAGUCUGCGCUAAGAAGAGUGGGCGAAGUGUGCGACAAGACCAAAGCGGAUUAUAAGCUGCUCAUGACGAGGAACGUUGGGGCGGAUCCGGAACUGGAGGUUGGACCUAGGGAUGCGAAGGAUACGGGAGCGAGCGGGAAGCUGAUUCUGCGGAGAAGGCCGGAGAGCGUGGAUGAUGUGAUCGAGACACGGAUAGCGGUUGUUGGCAAUGUGGAUGCGGGGAAGAGCACGAUGCUGGGGGUUUUGGUGAAAGGUGGGCUCGAUGAUGGGAGGGGGAAGGCGCGUGUUAAUCUAUUUCGGCAUAAGCACGAGAUUGAGAGUGGGAGGACUAGCUCGGUGGGUAUGGAAAUAAUGGGCUUCGACAGCAAGGGCGAGGUGGUCGUUUCCAAUGUCGCAGGGCGAAAAUUGACCUGGGAGGAGAUCGGCCGGAGGUCCGCCAAAGUGAUUGGCUUCACUGACUUGGCUGGCCACGAGAAAUACCUCCGCACCACUGUCUUUGGUCUCCUCUCCAGCGAGCCGAAUUACUGUCUUCUUAUGGUUGCCGCCAACAAUGGUCUCGUCGGCAUGUCGAAAGAGCAUCUCGGCAUAGCCCUAGCUCUCAACGUGCCUGUAAUGGUCGUCAUCACCAAAAUCGACAUUUGCCCGCCCCAGAUUCUGGAACAGACGAUAACGCAGUUGACCAAAAUCCUCAAGUCACCAGGAGCGCGCAAAAUCCCAAUCUUCAUCAAGAACCGAGAGGAGUGCAUAAACACCGCCACACAAUUCGUGUCGCGGCGAAUCUGCCCCAUCUUCCAAGUCUCUAACGUCACAGGCCACAACCUCGAUCUCGUCCGCAGCUUUCUCAACAUUCUGCCCCACCACGGUAAUUACAAUAGCUCUGCACCUCUAGAAUUUCAUGUCAACGACACCUUCUCCGUUCCAUUCGUCGGCACCGUCGUCUCGGGCGUUGUCAAAUCUGGCGUCAUUCACACUGGCGAUACUAUCCUCAUCGGCCCUGACUCCCUCGGUCAGUUCACUACCACAAAGGUGCGCUCCAUCGAACGAAAACGAAUACAGGUCCCCGGCUGCUCAGCCGGCCAAUCUGCGUCCCUCGCGCUCCGCAACGUACGAAGAAAAGACGUCCGCAAAGGCAUGGUCGUCCUGCACAAGAACGAUCCUACCACCGGCGCUGAGUUAACUCCCAAGGUCUUCCGCGAGUUCGUUGCCGAAGUACUGAUCCUCUCGCACGCUACCACUAUCAAGACGAAGUACCAGGCUAUGCUGCAUGUGGGGCCUGUAUCGCAGACAUGCGCUAUCAUCGACAUCGACAGGAACUACAUUAGGACGGGUGAUAGGGCGCAGGUUGCAUUCAGGUUCGUGCAGAGGCCAGAGUAUUUGACUGUGGGCGAUCGCAUCCUGUUCCGAGAGGGUAGGACGAAGGGCUUGGGUAUUGUGAAGAGGGUGGGAUAUGAUUCGAAGCAUCCACUGAACCCUGAAGCGGCGAAGGAGGGAAAGAAAGCCGAGGGAGGUUAA